UGAUCACUAAAAUUAUUAUCGCGAUUUGUGAUGUUAAAUCACAGACUUGUUGUUAAUCAUAAUGUGUUACACUGCUAACUUUUUAAAAAAGUUCAUGUUAUUCCAAUUUACUUAAUGUAUUAUUUUGCAUUUGUUUUAAAAUUUAACAUCAAUCGAUGUCGUAGUGCAGACGCUAUUUAGCGCUAUUGUUUAUAAUGCAGAGUGGAGUAAGCUUGUAAACGAAUUAUCUACAAAAAAAUAUUUUCUGUUGACCAGCAAUUUUAGUCAAUCGUUAAAAAACAAAUAAUGUAUUUUAGUGCUCCUUAAACUUGUAGCAAUGACUGAAUGGAAAUCCAGAUCGUUACCCAGUAAUUUUGAGACACUUUCUUUGUCUAAUGUACCUGUUGGUCCAUCUUGUUUACGUUCUAGUUCCAAAAAAACUUCAAUUAGUCGAAAUGUUUCCUUUCCUGAUGAUGAAAGUCAAAUAGUUACAGGAGUUUUGGAAACGGCACAUCCUUGGGAAUGUGUAGAAAAUGUUACCGCUGAUUUAUUAACAAAAAAAUAUCUAGAAUCGUGUGAAAGACACAAUACACAACCCAUACAAUCAGUUCUGUCACAAAUAAAAGCAUUAAAUUUUAAUAUAGAAAGAAAUGAAUGUUUUGACUUAAAGGGAGUCUACUUAAACAAUGUUGAUUGUGAGAGUCUUGAAGAAAUAUUAAAAAGAGUUCAAUUUCAAACUAUCAAUGUAGAAGCUACAGGAUUAAAUGAUGAGGCUGCAAUUGCUCUGUUUGACAUGUUAGAUUUUUAUGAAUCUGCAUUCUGUUUAAAUAUAUCAUCCAAUAAUGACAUUGGUGUUAGAGGUUGGCAAGCAUGUGCUCGAAUGUUAAAAAAGUCCAAAUGUCUUGAAAUACUUGAAGCAAGAAAUACUAUACUUAGUGAACAAAGUAUGCACAUUUUAGGUCGUGCAUUACGGUUUGGAUGUCAAUUAUGUAUUUUAAAGCUUGAAAAUUGUAAUUUAUCGGACCGAACUAUACUUUCAUUAGCAUCUUCAUUAAAAUAUAAUAGUACCUUGAAGGAAUUGUACUUGGCUGAAAAUUAUUUAAAUGAAAAUGAUGCACUACCAAUUGCAAAUUUGUUAAAGUGUAAUACAACAUUGGAACUACUGGAUUUGAGCAAUAAUAACAUUCAAAAUAAAGGAUUUAAAAUAAUUUGUGAAAGCAUUAUUAAUCAAAAUUCAUCAUUAACCAUUUUAAUUUGUUGGAAUAACAAUUUAGAUCAAGAAUGUUCAGAAACAUUAGCUAAUUUAAUUGAUAUAGAAACAAAACUAGAAAUGCUCAACAUUGGUUACAAUUGCUUACUUGAUUCAACUGCUGAAGUAAUAAAAAUUCCAAUGAAAAAGAAUAAAAAUAUAUUAAGACUAGGCUUACAAAGUACACAGAUUACUUGUAGAGGAGCCCAACACUUAUCAGAAAUUCUUGAAGUUAAUGAAUCAUUACAAAGAUUAGACUUACGAGACAAUAAUAUACAAAUCAAAGGCAUUAAAAGCUUGAAAGAUUCUGUAAUGAAAAAUCGUAGAAUCACUAGACUUGACAUAGAUCCUCUUCCACGAAUCAAUUUUGCAGUUGAAACAACAAAAGAAUAUACUAAUUUACUAGAUACUAUAAAACAAAUAUGUUUAGAAAAUGAAAGUAAAAACCAUAAUAAGGAGAUAUUUGAUGAUAUAUUAGAUGAAAAAUCUGAUGAAACUAAUAUUACAAAAUCUAUCAAAAUACCUAAUGUAGAUUCUAGAAAAAUUUCUCUCACUUGUGAAUCAUUAAUGAUGCAGUACAAUUCAUUUAAAAAUCCAAAUUUUCUUGGUUCUGAUGAUUAUUUAUCUACUACAUUCAGAGGAAGUAGUGGACGUUUAAGAAGUCCUGCUCCUAGUCCAAUACACAGUCCUAUUGCAACUAGUCCUGCCUGUAGUCCAUCAAUAACUUCUACACGUAACCGUUUUCAAGUAUCUAAAGUGUCUGAACAAAAGCCAAAAGAAAAUCGAUUCAAAGUAACUAGAUUAAAUGAUAAAGCACCUACUGCCAGUAGUGAAUCCUUAUCAGAUGAUUCAUUUGGACAUACUAACUUGGAACUUACUGUUGAUAGUUUGGAUUUGUGCAAGAAAAAAAAUAUUGAUAAAAGAAAAAAUCAAAGAACAAGAAAAGUAUCAUGGGUUAUGGGCUCUCGGCCUUUAUUAACAUCAUUACAAAACAUCACAUCUAGCAUUGAUCAAGCUACAACAACAGGAGUUGAUAAACUUCUAAGUUUAUUUAGCCCUUUUUCUAGUGGUGAUAAAUCAUCCACAUCUGUUGACACAGUAGAAUCUAAUGAUUCAGUUUUUGAAUCAGAACUUGAGCCAAAAAAACCAGUUAAUUUAGAUCAAGCAACCUGGCCUCCUGUAUUUGGUAGUUUAAAAAAAGCUACAUCAAUUUGUAGGCCAUUAUCAGAAAAAGGUAGACAUAGUUUAAGCGAUUUGCGUACUUUUUAAAAAUGUUACCAAUUAAGCAUUUCAUAAGGAACAAAUGCAUUUGUAUUGUUAAAUUAUACUUUAAGAUACCCCAAAUGUAUUCUUGUAUUCAGAUUCCCUUUACUACAUUGUGAUUUACAAGCACAAAAGUACAAAUUUUGUUUUUAUCAUUGUUGAACAAUUUAUAAAAUAUAUAUAUAUAUAUGGGAUCAUUUUGA